AUGGCCUCAUCAGUAGCUCACGUCAAUGCAGUUUCCAUUCAUGGUACUCGUUAUACCCGACCCACUUUCCUUGAAACUGUCAGUACUCCCAUAUUAGAAGCCAAAACCAUUGCUGAUGUUGUUAAUCUAUCUCAAGAUAUUGCCGAGAAGUUGAUGCGCUUCGAUAUCUUUGAGGACGUUCAAGUAUUACUAGAUCAUGCUGCUGAUACUGAUCCUUUGGCUGCUCCUGAUUCUAUCAAUGUUGUCUAUAAUGUCAAAGAAAAAAGUCGUUUCUUCAUCAAGACUGGUACUGAAAUUGGGAAUAAUGAAGGGAAUAUGAACGGAUCUCUAACUAUUCGUAACGUUUUUGGUGGUGCGGAAACUCUUGAAUCCGUGGCUUCUUUUGGCAAUCGUACUAGCUCUGCUUUCCAAUUUACUCUUUCAUCCCCUGUCAAGGCAAAUCCAGACUCCAAAAUCGAUCUUAACGCUCAUCAUGUCCUUCGCAACAACAAGUUAUACAGCGGUUACGAAGAACUUUCCCGAGGUGCUGCAUUAAGAUAUAAGACUGUAUCAAAUUUUGGAUAUCAUGAACUUAGUUACGACUGUACCUGGCGAUCUAUUGACAAAUUUUCUCUCACUGCUUCUGAAAGUGCUCGUGCGGAAGCUGGACAGUCAUUGAAAUCAUCCUUAAAUCAUACUUUUAUCCGUGAUCGUCGUGAUGAUAUGUUAUUACCUGGAAAUGGACAUUAUAUUCGAUUGACACAAGAAUUGGCUGGUGUUUUAAAUAUUGGUAACGCAAGCUUCUUCAAAUCUGAAUUAGAAACUCAAGUAUGUCAUCGAUUUGGUGGUGGUCAACUUCUCAAGAAUGAAGAAAAUGAAUUGAUUGGUCUUCAUCCUGGAUUUGUUAUUAGUUUGGGUCUCAAAGCUGGUUGGCUGGCCAACUUGAAUGAUGAAAAGAAGGCAUCUACUAUAUCCGAUCGAUUUUUACUUGGUGGUCCAUUAUCAGUCCGUGGAUUUAGAACAGCUGGUAUUGGUCCUCGUGACUAUAAGGAUGCAUUGGGUGGUAAUAUUUAUUGGGCUACUGGAAUCAGUGCUAUGACUCCCUUACCUACAUUUGAACACAAACCUAUUCGUGCACAUGCCUUUAUCAAUGCAGGAACUGCGGUACCAUGGUCAACAAAAACAAGUGCACAAGAUACAGCUAGCUCUUUAAUGAGAUCACCAAGUAUCGCCGUAGGAUUUGGUCUCGUCUAUCGUCAUAGUAUCGCUCGAUUGGAAUUGAAUUAUUGUAUCCCCCUGACAGCUGCGAAAGGUGAUCAAGUCCAUCGUGGUCUCCAGUUUGGUAUUGGGUUGAACUUUUUAUAG